CAUAUUGUUUACAUGGGCUCACUUCCUAAUGAAAUAUCAUACUCUCCAAAUUCUCAUCAUCUAAGCAUGUUGGAACAAGUUUAUGAUGGUAGCAAUCCAGAAAAUCUCUUAGUUCAAAGUUACAAGAGAAGUUUUAAUGGUUUUGCUGCCAUGCUCAACGAUCACCAAAAGGAAAGGCUUCUUGGCAUGAAAAAUGUGGUCUCUGUUUUUCCAAGCCAAACUUUUCGACUACAAACCACUAGGUCGUGGGAUUUCCUUGGAUUUCCACAGUCAAUCAAAAGAGAUCAUAUCGUUGAGAAUGAUUUGGUGGUUGGAGUCCUUGAUACUGGAUUAUGGCCAGAAUCCGAAAGUUUCAACGACAAAGGUUUUGGUCCCAUUCCAAGAAAAUGGAGGGGGGUUUGUGCAGGAGGGGCUAAUUUCACUUGCAACAAAAAAGUUAUUGGAGCACGAUUUUACGGUAAUGGCAGUGUGAGUGCAAGAGAUUAUAAUGGUCAUGGGACUCACACUUCAUCAACAGCAAGUGGAAGAGAGGUGCAAGGUGUGAGCUUGGAUGGUCUUGCCAAAGGUACUGCAAGAGGAGGAGUUCCAAAUUCAAGGAUUGCUGUAUACAAAGUAUGUGGUGAUGAUGGUGCUUGUUAUGAUAAAGAUAUUUUAGCUGCAUUUGAUGAUGCCAUUGCUGAUGGAGUGGACAUCCUCACAAUCUCGGUUGGGGGCUCAUUAAUCAUUGGUCUUUUGCAAGAUGUUAUUUCCAUUGGUUCUUUUCAUGCCAUGGAAAAAGGAAUACUCACAGUGCAAGCGGUAGGAAACGAUGGUCCUGACCCAAGUAGUGUUGCAAGUGUAGCACCAUGGUUAUUUAGCGUGGGUGCAACUACCAUUGAUCGUAAAUUCAUUGAUAAGCUAAUUCUUGGAAAUGGAAAUACUUUUAUCGGUAAGUCUGUUAAUCUUUCACCCUCAAAUGGCACAAAGUUUCCAAUAGCUAAGCGUAAUGCUCAAUCUUGCCCUGAUCAAAAUAUAAAUAUAACCCCUGAAACAUGUGGUUGUUUAGACAAAAAAAUGGUGAAAGGUAAAAUUGUUUUGUGUGGAAUAGCAUGGGCUGAUGAAAAAAUGUAUGAAAGUGGUGCAUUUGGUUCGAUAAAAAAUGUUGCGGAAUAUAAAAAUGAUUUUUCUUAUCUCACUAUGAUGCCUUCACUUAACUUGGAUACAAAGGACUAUGCUCUUGUGCAAUCUUAUACAAAUUCGACUAAAUACCCUGUAGCUGAAAUUUUGAAGAGUGAGAUCUUCCAUGAUGUUGAUGCUCCAAAAGUACCCCAUUUCUCUUCUCGCGGGCCUAAUCCUGUGGUUCCAGAAAUUAUGAAACCAGAUGUAAGUGCUCCAGGAGUGGAGAUUUUAGCUGCAUAUUCAUACCAAGCAUCACCAUCUGAUAAUGUGGGUGACAAAAGGAGGUUCAAAUACAGUAUAGAAUCUGGAACAUCCAUGGCAUGUCCCCAUAUUGCAGGAAUUGCUGCAUAUGUGAAAUCAUUUCAUCCAAAUUGGUCACCUGCAGCUAUCAAAUCUGCCAUCAUGACCACGGCAAAAUCAGUUAAUGGUACUUAUAAUAAUUCUCCAGGUGAGUUUGCUUAUGGAUCUGGGAAUGUCAAUCCACAAAAGGUUCUUAAUCCUGGACUGAUUUAUGACAUCUCUAAAGAAGAUUAUGUGAAAAUGCUUUGUAAUUAUGGCUUUGAUACUAACCAAAUUAAACAGAUUAGUAAAGAAAACUUAACUUGUAUUGGAAAUUCUCACCGGUCUUUGGUAAAAGAUAUAAACUAUCCUGCACUAGUGAUCCCUAUAAAGCCUAAUAAACCUUUCAAUGUUCAAAUUCAUAGAACAGUUACGAAUGUUGGCCCCCCCAACUCAAGCUACAAAGCAACUGUGAUUCCAAUUCCAAAUAUCAAAAUUAUAGUGGAGCCAAAACUUCUUUCAUUCAAGACAUUGAAUGAGAAACAAUCAUUUGUCGUCACCCUUAUUGGGAAACAAGAAUCUAAUCAAACUGCAUUUUCUUCGUCACUUGUUUGGUCAGAUGGCACUCACAAUGUAAAGAGUCCAAUUAUUGUUCAAAUAAUAUCCUAA